AUGUGCGAUGCGCUAGAGGAGGAUGAAGAAGAGAAGGUGGGUUCUGCCACGCCUGCAUCCCCCUCCUACGUGCCUCGCGGUAAACCGCCGGUGGUGCCCCGUAGCAACAGCUGUGACAAGCCCAAGUCCAUUUUGAAGAACAUGAGUGGCAGCCGUUCCUCCAGCACAUCGCCGUCGCCUCGCAAGAGGCACGUCUCCUUCGAGGAUGACGAAUGCUUUUCGGAGCCAACGCUGCGGUAUGGGGCGCCGAGGCAUGUCGCCGAAACACACGACAAGCCAGAAGCAGCAGCAGCAGCGCCUCCAGCGGAAGUAGCAGCAGGUGGAGUGACUCCAACAGAAGCAGAAAAGAUGCCCACUGUGGCACGGGUAGAGGCCAGACCUGGUGCUGGAGAGAAGGAGCGACGUCGGCACCUCCCAGAACGUGGCGUCGCGGAUCCGGUGAACACGCUGCGUCAACGGGGGCGCGAGGAGAGCGAAUCGCCCGAUAACUCUCCCGUCAUUGUGCCGCGCCGAGGCGCACAACUGCUCCCCAUCAGCGCUGAGAAGGAAGAGAGAAAGAAGGAGAGAGCUGAAAGUGUUACUACCCCAGAGAAGAAGGCAAAAGUGCUGCAGUCUAGAGCAGAGGCAACAGCAACACCUCGAACUGAAUAUGACUCUUCACCGCUGCUGGAUGUGAGUGUGAGCGAUGCCACGCCGUCGCACUCUAGCACGGGAUCGCAGCGGCAGCGGUCUUCGAACAGCAUGGAGCUCACUGUGUCUCAUGGCACGCCUAUUGAGCAGCAGCGAGCGUCCCCGGGAGAACGAAAGAGACUAUUUCCUGAUAAGGAUGCAUACCUCUCCGGUCUUUCGCCGGGCAUUUCUCCCAUUCCCGUUGAGGCUCACCGUCAGCACAUACAAUUGUUGGAAAGAAGCAGCCCACCGGCGUUUUUUGGGCGAACAUCAUCAUCAUCACCGGGGGAACAAAACGCCGCCCCACGGACCUUUUCACACUCUGCUCGAAUAGAUAGCAACGCCACUCCCGUUGUUCGUCCGACCCGCAUAGAGGUCCUGUCCUCCUCCACUUCAUCACUCCAGCAGAAGGGCGUCGAUACACUGCUGUUCGAGGGUGGUGUCGACCCGAAUGAUGUGGACUUCGACGACCUCCCACUGAAUGUUGGAGUGGCGGCUGUAUCGGUUGGUGCAGGAGACAUUCCCCCUUUAGUUGAGCCCUCAUAUGAUCGGCGGGUCAUUGACUUCCCUGUACAUCUGUUCCCACGUAUCGUAGUGGCAAACGAGUCGUCGCAGUCUAUUUUCUCUGGUUCUGUUGCUGUUGACAGUAGUGGUGGUGGUGGUGGUGAGCUGUUGGGCAUCGCGGAAGACGCGGGUGGUGAGUUGGUGGCGGAGUCGCCGGCCCGCGGCAGACGGCGAGGCCGCCGUGACGUGUGGGACGGCGGUUUGGCGCCCGCGUCGCCUCAGCCUGUUUUUCGGCGCAGACAGACAAGUUCUCCAGCGCCAUCUGAUCAGCAGCACGUCCUGCACGGCAUGCACCCGAACGUUCCCGGCGGCGGUGAACCGCUGGCGCUGACGGAGUACGCCAGGAAGUCUGACCCAUCCCCCGUCGCUCCUGCGGCGUUGCUUCUGAAAGAAAACCACGAGCACCAUUUGCGUUUUCCCCACAACUCUACGGCCGAGGAUGCCGCAGCACCGUUAUCAUCAUCCCCAUUCCUGGAUGAUCCUGAGCGUACGGCGAAUGCCACGCUGCCACACCACGCGAAGCCUGUCGUGGUCGAGUACAUCAAUAAGCUUUCGGAUGAGUGGCAGGAGACACUUCGCAGCAGUGGCGCCAACCGCCGACUCGGCAGUCGUCGCGGCAAACAACACGCUACCAGAGAAGAGGCACGUCUGCUGCACCAGAAGCAGCAUGAGGAGGCGCGACACUUGUUCCCUGGUGUUUUCUUUGGGCAGUCACCAACGGUUAUAGAAGCGCGCCACGCCAUUUGUCCGGACGAAACAGCGUUUAGCACAUCCCCGUUGAUGCCGAUUAGGCGGACGGAAGUCGUCCAGCCAAGGCAGGUGACGAAGAAGAAAAAGCGUGGGUUGGUCGAAGCGCUGUCUGCCGCUAACAUCACCACCAUCAACAACAACAACAACAACAACAGCCGCAGCACCAGAAGCAAUGGGAACGCCAUUGACUUUCCUACACAGGAAACGAAACCGUUGUCGCGGUCGCCUGGAAACGAAGAGAUCCAAGUGGAUCCAGAUGAGUUUGAGGAAAUCGCCACAUGUGACGGCCUCUCAACGCCGCCGGGGAGCCCCGUUGCGCCCAUUAGAAGGCAGAAGGCCACGUUGGCGAAGAAGCACCAUGAGGAGGGCGCAAAGAAAUCCAUUUGCACUCCUCCAAGGUAUGUAAAGGAGAACACCAGUGGAAGUGACAACGUAGAAAACUCAAAGAAAAGCCAAAUCAAUACACAGCCCAACCAACCGUGUGUCACGGAGGUAGAGUCAGAUGGAGAAGCGGAGCGUCGCGCACGACGAUAUGAUAAGCUUCGACGUGCGCUGCUGCAGCUCGCAGAUGAGGCCAGGUUCAUUUCGUCACCUGACGUCAAGGCAGUGAGUUGCGAUAACUCUUCGAGACGGCACAGUCACAGCAGCAGAGGCAGUAACAACAACGGUAGGGGCUCUGCCUUUUCGCGGCGAAGGCCAUUGCCUCCGCCUUUGCCGUCGCCGCCGUCACCUUCGCCACCAUCCGUGACGGCGGAGGGGCUCAUUCACACGCCACAGCGCACUGCGUCUCCGGACGGAAGCGACGCGGCGGCACCUGUGCGGCCGCAGGCGUUGUUCGCGCCGGCGCGCCCCUUUUCGCCACCAGCCCCGUCUUGCCGUGAUUCUGACGACGACGACGGAGGUGGCGGCAGUAGGUGCAUAGCGUUGGAGAGUCAUUUCAACACGGGGGCAGAGCGCUGUGUAAAUAAUCGUGCCGCGAUGAAGGCCUUUGCACGCGAUAUCGCCCGCAUUGUCUCUGCACUGAAGGGGAGCAGCUUGACUAGUGUGUUGUGA